CAACAACAACAACAACAACAACAACAACAACAACAACAACAACAACAACAGCAACAAGUAGUCCAUGAACCUGUUAUACCUCAUGAUGGCGACUAUUUACUAGACAGUUCACUUCAAAUGGCCAUGUUGGCAGGAAAAAGACGUCAUGAACGACUAAACGCACCUCCUGAUCCCGACUUUCCUCCCAUUACAGUCGACAACAUCAACAAGUUACGCUUAGAAUCCAAACAAGGCGAUGCUCGUCUUCAGUUCUUUUUUGCUCGUUAUUUGUUAUAUGCCGUCGACCACUUGAGACCGAAUGCGCAAGAUCCAGAACGCGCCCGCCAACUAAGAGAUCACUUGACAUCAGAAGCGAUUCAUAUGCUUAAGAAACUCGCAUCGUAUAAAUUAGGUUAUCCAGACGCUCAGUUCUUUCUGGCCAAUGGGUAUGGCGGUGGUCUUUAUGGUCUUAAACCGGAUCUCGAUAAAGCGUUCAGUCUCUACCUUCAAGGAUCGAAACAAAACCAUCCUGAAUCCAUUUACCGUGUCGCUGUUUGUUAUGAAUUAGGACUAGGGACCAAGAAAGACCAUCGAUACGCGAUGCAAUUCUAUCGUAAAGCAGCCAAUGCCAGUGAUCCUUCGAGUAUGUAUAAGCUUGGGUUGAUCUUGUUGAAUGGUCUGUUGGGACAAUCCAAGAACCCAAAAGAAGCUGUCUCUUGGUUCUUGCGUGCUUCUCAAGUAGCUGAUGAAGACCAUCCUCAACCACUGCAUGAAUUAGGCCUCGCUUAUGAACGACAACAAGAUCCAUUGCCGUCUAUCUUGCCUGAUCUGGACUACGCCCGAGAACUGUUUAGUCAGGCAGCACAACUGGGCUAUGCUCCUUCACAAUAUAAACUAGGGUUGGCGUAUGAACAUGGCUAUCUAAACUGUCCUGUAGAUCCACGUCGAUCCAUUGCAUGGUAUUCAAGAGCAGCUGAGCAACAGGAUGCAAGUGCAGAAUUGGCUUUAUCAGGAUGGUAUCUCACAGGCGCAGAGAAUAUUUUGGUUCAAGAUGAUCAAGAAGCGUAUUUAUGGGCAAGGAAAGCAGCUGAUCGAGGAUUGGCUAAAGCAAGAUAUGCAGUGGGGUAUUAUGUAGAAACAGGUGUUGGUGUCCCACAAAACUUGGAAGAAGCCAAACAAUGGUACAUGAAAGCAGCUCAACAAGGCGAUAUCAAAGCAAAACAACGCCUUCAAGUCUUGGACCAGUCAAAUCCUAUUAAAAGAAGACCUACACGCGAUAAAAAUGGGAAACCCAAAGAUUCAGAUUGUCGUCUCAUGUAAUAAAAAACGGUCCUGUUUAAAAAUUCU